UUCGUCUCGAGGCUACAUCACCUAAUCUUAGGCGCGCAGCUCUCCCUAUCUUCUGCUCUCUCUCUCUCCGUAAACCCUUGGAAACAAAACAGAAGCUGUUGGGUUUCUCAUCGUCUGCGGUCUCCUGUCACCACCCCGUACGGCGAAUCAGCCAUUAUCACCUGUAGAGAGCUCUUUUCGUAAAACCUCUGUAAAACAUGGCUGCACCAGUGGAAAACUUUAGUGAACCUGAUAUGACUGUUAUGCCUGGGAAUUCACUCCCUCAACCCAAACGAGGGCGUGAUGAUAAUUCUGGAAUUGCUGGCAGUGAAAAGAGGUGGCCUGGGUGGCCCGGGGAGAGUGUAUUCCGGUUACUGGUUCCAGCUCAAAAAGUUGGUGGUAUUAUUGGUCGUAAAGGAGAGUUCAUUAAAAGAAUGUGUGAGGAGACAAGGGCUCGCAUUAAGAUUCUUGAUGGCCCUCCAGGAACUUCAGAAAGGACUGUAAUGAUUUCAGCAAAAGAAGAGCCUGAUGCUUCUGUUCCUCCAGCAAUGGAUGGCCUACUGAGGGUUCAUAAACGUAUUGUUGAUGGUUUAGAUGGUGAUGUUGCUCAUGCUCCACCAAGUGGUGGUGGUACCGUGUCAACAAGGCUGCUAGUUCCCGCUGCACAAGCUGGAAAUCUAAUUGGAAGGCAGGGAGCAACCAUAAAAUCCAUUCAAGAAGCAUCUAAUUGUAUUGUCCGAGUUCUUGGGCCAGAAGAUCUACCAGUUUUUAUCCUGCCCGAUGAUAGAGUUGUUGAGAUACAAGGGGAGCCUGCAGGUGUGCACAAAGCAGUUGAGCUCAUUGCGUCUCAUCUGAGGAAGUUUUUAGUGGACCGCAGUGUAAUUGGAUUAUUCGAAAUGAAUAUGCAAAUGCCAAACUCCCAGAUGGAGCAUAACAUGCCACCACACCAGUCCUGGGUACCACCUCCUCAAGGCCUACCUCCAAAUGUAGGUGGUGGUCCUGGUUAUGGGGCUAAUCCUCAAUAUAUGCCACCCCCACGGCAACAUGAUAAUUAUUAUCCACCAGCUGACAUGCCUCCUAUGGAAAAACAACCUCACCAGGGCCUGUCUGCUUAUGGAAGGGAAGCACCUAUGGGGUCUCAGCAGCCACCUUCAAUCAUUACACAGGUUUAUUAUUGUUACUUAGACAUUUUACCUCUUGAAAGGAUCACACACACGAUGCAACAUUCCGUUGUAUUAUGGCUGGAUGUUGUAUUUGCGGUGCAGGGCAAUAUGACUGUUGAGAUCAAUGGAUCAGCCUCUCAAGUCCAAACUGCUCAGCAGUUGAUACAGAAUUUCAUGGCUGAAGCUGCAGCCUCGACACAGAACCCAGUUGGUGGUUCCACAGACCAAGGCUAUAACUCUUUUCCAGCACAUGGUUCUACGUAUACAUCUCCGCCAUCCAAUACAGGGCAUGCAGGCAACACUGCUGGAGGCUAUGGUUCAGUCUAUGGAGCCAACUAUGGGUAUUAGGCGCUGGAAAACCCCAACAGCUGGUACCACCAAGAUGGUAAGUUUAGUGCGGACUCGCUAGUGAGAACAGGUCUAUAUAAGGGACAGUUAUAGUAUUGUAUUGAGAUGCAACUAUUAGUUUUCUGCUAGGUUUCUUUUGUACACUAGACAGAUCUUGGGGUUGGGCCUGAGUACUUAGCCUGUAGUUUUAUCAUCUUAUUCUCACUUGUAGGUGCUCUGCCCUAUCCCUCAAGUGAUUCAGGAACUGAUUUUUAUGUACUUGUCCCCUUUCAAUCAUGCCAUUUCCUAGUUCUUUUGUGCUUAGCAUGCUUGUGGGAGGAUGUUUUGAAACCUUGGAUAAUAUAUUGGGAAAGUGAGGUGAAAUCAUGACUUGAGUAAAUGUAGUACACUAUUAAAAUUUUCA